UGUGAUGUAGCGCCAUCUGGUGUCAUGAGUGAUCUAGCCGUGCAGUCCUGAACACGGACUAGAGGUCUGCUAAUAAUCAUACGUGAAAGAUGAAGCACCUGGUGAUUCUGGUCCCCUUAUUAGCUUCUUCUUUUGCCGUGCAUUUGAGCCAUGACUUAUCCCUCCACAGUGAAAAUCUAGUGCGCAUGUUCAGUGAUUAUCUAUUACGUGAUGACCAACUCCAAAGGCAAGGCAGGGAUGUGGAAUUCAAUGGAAUUAAUGAAGAGUACAAAGUGAUGCGCAGAGCCUCCUCCCCAUCCUACAAAGUACAAAACUUUGCAAUAUGGUAUGAACCAGGGUCAGGAAUGCGGUUUUGUGAAACAAAUAAUACGACUGUUUUUAAACAAUGUAUCGAUACAUCCAGCAACUGCAACUAUCUGAACAGUACUCUCCAGAUUUGCAAGAAACCGGAAGCAGCAAAGAAUCUUGGGUGUCUGAAAACAUACCUUUUGUAUAUUAUAGUAGAUAAAUGUGAAACGGGUAACCACAACUGCAACCGUUUGGCCGACUGCAAACCAGACGGUGACAGUUUUCAAUGUACCUGUAAGAAAGGCUAUGAAGGGGACGGUGUAAAGUCUUGCACGGACAUAAACGAAUGCACCACCAACAAACAUAAUUGUCAACCAAGUCAGACAUGCAAAAAUAUUGAAGGAGGAUUUAGAUGUAUAUCCCUGUCACUUGAAUCACCGCCUGUAAAAACCUGUCUGCCAGGCUACACAGCUCAAAACGGAAAAUGUGAAGAUGUAGACGAAUGCAAAGAUCCGAAGCUUAAUAAUUGUCACAAGGAUGCUCUUUGUUCAAACACCGACGGAAGUUAUAAAUGUCAAUGUAAAUCGGGAUUUAUCGGAACUGGAACGACUUGUACUGAUAUUAACGAGUGUAAAGGCAAAAAUGACUGUUCCACGUAUGCUACUUGUACUAACACUGCCGGUUCCUACGUAUGUAGAUGUCGCGUAGGAUUCAGAGGAAACGGAAAAUCUUGUCAAGAUGUCGACGAAUGUUCAAAGGGAGAACGCAAUAACUGUAACAAACUAGCUUCUUGUAAGAACACCAUUGGUUCCUUCAAGUGUACAUGUCCGAAAGGGUACUAUGGAGAUGGAUCUUAUUGCAACGAUAUAAAUGAAUGCAGUCGGCGGUCUACAAACAAUUGUCACCGCCGAGCUAAGUGUACAAACACACCGGGCUCCUACAAAUGUGCUUGUCAAAGUGGUUAUACGGGAGAUGGCGUCACAAAAUGUAACUAUAAACAGAAAGUAAAGUGGAGCUGGUGGGGUUAAAACAAAUACUGAAUUUGUUAUGUCCACAUAGUAUGUCUUGUACUAAUACAUAUUACUC